GUCCACCACACACACCACAGAAGCCAUUCUCCGCUGUGUGGUGGCCUGUAACUGUAAGAGAGUUCACUUAACCCGAGGCUCGAUAGAAGAAAGGUCUGUGAUGGUGGUGGUGAUGGAGUACACCCCUAGGAGGAAGCCCCUUCUUGCUCUCCUCAUACUGUCAUGCCUUCUUCUUCCCCUGGUUUCCUCUGUGCCUCUGUCCAGGAGCCUGUCCUUGACGAACCUCCAACUCUCGAGCCCUGGUCUGGAGGUGCCUGUUCAGGGUGUGGUCGUCGGAGCUAAACGAGAGCGACGAAGCCUCGGCGAAGCGGUGGCGAGGAUGGUCGUCGAGGUCAACGACUACCCUGGAUCCGGCGCCAACAACCGCCACGAACCCAAGAGCCCCGGGAGACCAUGAUCAGUCUGUGCAUGCACCUCAGAAAGACAGAGAUGGAGCCUGAAGUCUGCAGAACUAUUUUAGUAGGAACAUUAGCUAGUUAGCUACCCUAGUGACUAGAGAGUCUUGUCUAAAUGUCUACUAGUACUUACUUAUCGCCUUGUCUGUCGACGAAGCCUACCAUAUAUAUUAGGGUUUUAAUUCCCUACUAUGAGAUCGAUCGAGUGGACGAGAUAGUAUAUACAGCUACGACCCUGGAUCGACUAAACGAAAGAAGCUUUUGAAGUCUUUCUAUCACUAUAAAAAACAGACUUACGUGA